CACCAGAUUCAAUCAGACUGCGGCGAGUGGUUUACCGUCUUCAUCAGAUACAUACAUUCAAUUGUCAUUCAAAUUCUCCGCAAUUUACUCUCAAUUACAGUGUUUUUAUUUGAAUUGAAGAUGGGAAAGAUGAAUUCCUCGAAAGCUAUUUUCGUCGUGCUGUUCGCCGUGGUUGUUGCCUGUGCCCUAGGUCAGGCGCCGGCGAACUCACCGGCCAAGUCUGCGGCGCCUUCUCCCAAGCAAUCGAAGACUCCAGCGACUCUUGUCCCAUCUGCGGCUCCAGUUGCUCCUCCAACUCAGGCUGCUACGCCUCCAAUUGCCGCAUCGCCGCAGAUGUCUCCUCCGUCUCCUCCCGCCGCCGAUUCUCCCGCAGGGGCGGCUCCAGCAGCCCCUACCACUCCGAUCUCCUCAUCUCCGAGCUUUGCGCCUGGUGCUGCGGGACCUACUGCCGGAACUAACAGCGCCGUCACCUUUAACAGAGUCUCGCUGGGUGGAUCUGUGGCCGCGGCGGUCGUCGCCGCCUCCUUGCUGUUCUAAACGCUCCGAUCUGCCGUCUAACAGAUUUCCUGUCACAUUCUCUGGAUCUGAUGACUUAGGACUUUUACUCUAGCUAUAUACUUCGUUUGUUUUUUGUUUAUCGUUUUCAUUUUUCUUGCUGUGAUUGGUCGGCGGCGACGGUGGUGUAUCGGUCGCGAUUGAGAGGGACAGAGUUGCAGAUCCAUUGUUUUUCAUAUUUACCUUCGUAUUAU